AUGGACUUCAAGAAUAUCGGCAAGAGCUUCACCUCCUUCGGGUCCUCGAUCACCCCUUUUGCCUCCCGUACUUUCCAGUAUACCAAGGAGCAGCUUGGUCAGGCCGAGGACAAGACCCAGCUCCCGCCCGACUACAUUGAUCUCGAGAAGCGUGUCGAUGCCCUCAAGCAAGUCCAUCAGAAGAUGCUGGCUGUGACCUCGCAAUACUCGAACGAGGCCUACGACUACCCACCCAAUAUCAAGGAGACUUUCCAGGAUCUUGGUCGCACCGUCAGCGAGAAGGUCACUCUCCUUUCGUCCGCUGGUUCUCCGGCCGAGGCCCAGGCAGCCCUGACCGCUCCCCCUUCGGCGAAGCCCCAACCCAAGACAUUCAACCAUGCCAUCGCCCGCGCCAGUCUGUCAAGCAGCCAGGUGCUUCACCAGCAGCAUACCGGCACCGGCGAGGACCCCUUGGCUACGGCUCUUGAAAAGUAUGCCCUGGCUAUGGAACGAGUUGGCGAGUCCCGCAUGGCCCAGGACGCUCAGAUCCAGAGCCGCUUCCUUGCCGGCUGGAACACUACCUUGAACACCAACCUCAAGUUUGCUACCCGAGCCCGGCAGAAUGUCGAGAAGUCGCGCUUGACUCUCGAUGCCGCCAAGGCCCGCGCCCACGGCACUACCUGGAAGAUCGGCCCCGGUUCCCCGCGUCCCGAUGACCCCCAGCCUCAGGAGUUGAGCCCUGAAGCCCAGGAGGAGAUCGAAAAGGCCGAGGAUGACUUCGUCACACAAACUGAGGAGGCCGUUGGUGUCAUGAAGAACGUUCUUGACACCCCUGAGCCUCUCCGCAACCUUGCCGACCUGAUUGCUGCUCAGAUCGAGUACCACAAGAAAGCCUACGAGAUCUUGAGCGAACUUGCCCCUGUUGUUGAUGGCCUGCAGGUUGAGCAGGAGGCCAGCUACCGCAAGAGCCGCGAGAACGCUUCUUAA